UUGCUUUCCCUCUUUUUUUUCGGCGCCGUGUUCUCCCCUUUACAUUCUCGAACCCUAGCCAGAGCACGCGGCAGCUAUGGUCAACUAAAGGCCCAUUAACAAAUACGUCUCUCUCUCUCUCUCGCUCGCUCGCCCUACUUUUGCUUCUUUCGAUCUGAUCUAGUCCUCCCUGGUCUGGAAGGUUGGAAACCGCCAACCCAGCGGCCCCCUCACCCCGGCUCCACAAGUAUGAGAGGGAGUAAAUUACGGUGAAUACGGACCCGGUUAUGACAUGGCGGUCUCAGAAACUGAACAGGGAGUUGCACAAGCAAUUCUUGUUGUACGAAGGAGCUUGAAAUUGUUCAAUUCGAACAAGAAAAGGAAAGGAAAAAAGAAACCUACGUGGGAAGUUGUAAAGGGUCCUCGACAACCUAAUGCGAAACAAUGUGGGUUUUAUGUGAUGAAAUUUAUAAGAGAAAUUAUUGAAGGAAAUGCUACCCGCGCGAAGGAUUCACUUAUCUCAAUGGUACGUAACUCUGCCAAUUCGUGUAGCUUGAGACUUUUGAUACAAGGAGUGAGCUUUGUUAGGUUGUAAAUUUCCUUGCUAAUGUGUAAAAGUCAUAUGGAGAAUAGUACUGGAAAACAUGUGAUUUAUGCAUGGUUUGAUACUACUAAGUUUGAUGAGUACAACUCAUUUUGUAUAUUUUGUAAUAUA